AUGACCUUUCGCAGUAUUCGUUUGUCCUACAUCACAAUAUGGAACAUUUUCCUGGUGCUACCGAUCGUUACAUCUGACAAUGACUACAUCUCAGGUUACCAUCGUCGAUUACACCCGAUGACUCCGGUGUCGUGGACAUCGAAAGAUGGUCACGAUAACAGGGACAAUCUGGUAAAAACGAUCAACAUUUUCAUCGAGGAACAGGCGCGUCGUCGCUUUUUGGAACAUCUUCAGCGAUUGCAGACCGCAGGAAGCAAAAGUAUCCCGGCACCGUCGUACCUCGGUACAGGAGAGAUAUUGGACGAGUAUCGUCCAACGUACACGUACCAGCUGCCGUUGAAUAAUUUGAUCGAUUCGAGUGAACCGAUCAACUUUGCGGUCGGACCCAGUGAUCCUCGAUUCUACGACCAAACCACAGGACUUGGGCGUGAUUCGGAACUGGAUGGGCUGGGUAUUGGCGAUGGCGGGGAUGGAUCCUUCCUUUACGAUAGCUCCGAACCGAUCGCGGGUGGCUCGACCGAUGAGCGGACAGUAUCGGCAUCUAACGCUGGUACAGUUUUAGAACAAAAACCCAUCGAAGAUUAUCGCCAUCCACCGCCACCACCUCCAAUUCGCCCAAAGAUACUAAAAGGCACACAUCAAAGGAAUCAAUCCAAUAACGGUGCACUGGUGACCAUCGCAACAGCGGCCACCGAUCGCGGCAGUUCGAACGGUGUCGUGCAGCAACCGAUCGAGAUCGGUACCGGGCUGGGCAUGUAUCUUAUCGCACUGAUCGCGGGUAUCAGUGCCGCCAUAACGGUAGCCCUGAUUUCGAUCGGAUUCGGUUGGUACACGCUCCACAAAAGGACCAAAGCGGCAGCAGACGUCGAAUAUCCAGCAUACGGUGUUACGGGACCAAACAGGGAUUCGACGGCAGGCACAGGUGCUUCCGCCGGUGAUCGGAAGUUAGCGCAAAACGCGCAAAUGUAUCACUAUCAGCAUCAGAAGCAGCAAAUAAUCGCCAUGGAAAAUACGACCCGUAGUGCAACUCAUUCGGAACAGCCCAGCGAGGAUGAGAAUGAGGAAGGUGACUACACCGUUUACGAAUGUCCCGGGUUGGCACCGACCGGUGAAAUGGAAGUAAAGAAUCCUCUGUUCUUGGAGGACGGGCCUAUUGGUGGUGUUACCUUGCAGACAUCUAUCAGUGGCGAAGGUCCCGCUGUCGGGGUGGUUUAUUUGGAAAAGGCAGUUCAACCGCAAGCUCACAACACUAACAAGAAAUCGGGAGAAUAAGCCUAACGUAACUUGACUACUGUGAAAAUGCAACUCACUUCGAACCCUUGUUCCUUGCCAUAUCCGGUACCUAACUUUUCGAUCAAUGUUUUAACGCCUAGUUCUUUGUCGAAGCAUUAGUAGCUUUGCCAUAAUCCCUGUCCAUUUAAGGCCUAAGCUUGAUGCAAUCUAUGAUUAAUCUAUGCAUUAAUUUUCCUUGUAGUAUGGAACUGUUAGUCCCAUUUAGUAAAGUACCACAGAUUUUAACACUUACUUACCACCAUCUACCGUACAAUGAUUCGUGAGAAACAUACUCACUUCCACUUGCACUUUUUGAUUUACUACCUAUGACCUCUUACCGAACAUUCCUCUUGUAUGUACAAUUGAUACUACUACUACUGAUCCUUCUGAUUCCUUCUGAUCCUUCUAUGAUCGAGCUAUCGUGUUCGAUUACGGUCAAACAGUACGAACAAAAUGAUAGCUUGAGAAUGUUUGCCACAGCAAAGGUGCAAGAUGAUUAAUAUAUACAUUGGAAUGAACAAAUAAACUUCUAUAUUUAUACACAUACAGACAUAAACACGUAUACAUAUAUCAUAUAUAUAUUUAUCAAUGUUAAUAAAUUGUAUCGACCCAGAGAUUUUAUUCUUGCCUAAGCACAGUGCAAUUUUAAAACAUGCAAAUAUGAAGACAUGCAUAAUCGAAGAGGAUAUAGUCAAAUAACGAGUCGCGAUCCAUCGCAUCGGAAGCUGUACGCAUGUUGUUUCUAGAUAAAGGAUGAACAGGAGAGGAGAUACAUGAUGCAUAGCAAUUGUACGAUAGCAUGAGAACGAACAAUGUUGUAACAAAGUAUAGUAAACUUUUAUUACUUGAAACGAGCACUACGAACACAUGGCAGCGAUGGAAUGGCAAAUUUUCAUAAGCGAUGAGAGUACGGGGUUUUUAGGAUGAUUACCCCAGAUCAAAGUGGUCUACUAAUUUAACUAUAUUUGUAAUGAACGUCUAAUAACCGAUCAUAAAAUGAGCGGAGCCGCUGUGCUAUAACACCUUGAUCCUUCGUAUAAACUGUGAACAAAAAAAAACACUUUUA